UGCCUUUCCGUCUGUUUCUGUUUCUUUUUUUUUACACGUGGAUGGCCGGAAAAGUUUCACGUGUGGAAAAACGAAUUGUGGAGACGAAAUUCUCUCUUCUCUGCCACACAAGAGCGGAGAGCCCCCUGUAGACGCCCUCGGCUGUCGGCUCUCUCCCCAUUUCAAACACUGGCAGCAGUCAGCGUUAUCCUGGACUUGGGUAAGCAGCUGCUUCAGUCAGGUGAAGACCCUUUUGGACUGUGCCCUCAAUCUCCUUCUGCAGUUCCAGGAGGUGUUCACCAUGGAGUGCUAUAUGACAAGCAUUGCUAGGUUUUGUCCUGAGAAAGACAGCUCAUGGUUUCCAUGGUGUUCAAGAAAAUUGGAGUGGAAAUAUAUCUGCAAACCUCCUUGUAGCUUGGUUCUUUGUAAUUUGAGGAUGGGAAACCAGAGGUUAUCCUUUUUAAAUCAUGCUUCUAUUGAGAAAAAUCUCGUGUACCAUCCAUCUUCACGAGUGUUUUCAGUACAUUCUAGUGUGGAGGAUUCUGCAGCUCAAUCUAAUGGAGCUUGCACAAUUUUACUGAAGGAUUUCUCUAGUGAUCUUGAUGAAUCUGAAAUAAGUGAUUCAUCUGAGGAAAUUCUCUCAAAGCCACUGGACAGUGAUAAGCUGAAGUCACUGUUGGCCGAUUCUGAAAGAACGAAGAUUAUCAAAAAACUAAGUGAAGCUAAUCAACACAACCGCUUCCUGAAAAGACAGUUGCAAACAAAGGAGGAUGAUUUAAUUAACUUCAAAAGUGAACUUUCCAUCAUGGAACUUGAAGUUCAGUCUUUGGUCGCAUUGGCAGAAGAGGUUGCUAAUUCUGUCAUUCAGCAAGGUUCAAGAAAAAUUAAUGGGAAAUACAUUCAGUCCCACCUUCUUUCCAGAUUGCAAGCUUUACACGAGAAACUGAAAGAGCAGAUCAAGGAUGUCGAUGCUAUUCAAGCAAAGGAGGUGUCCUUAUUCUGGGUUGGUAUGGCAGAGAGCGUGCAAGUAAUGGGCUCCUUCGGUGGCUGGACUGAAGGGGAACACCUAUCACCAGAAUACACGGGUUCUUUCACCAGAUUCUCAACAACCCUGAUGCUAAGGCCUGGAAGAUACGAGAUCAAGUUUUUGGUGGAUGGAGAAUGGCAGCUAUCACCAGAAUUCCCUACCGUAGGUGAGGGUAUGCUGCAAAACAACUUGCUGAUUGUAGAAUGAACAGAAGACCAAGUACUCUGCUCUUUUCGCUGCACUUUUCCUCCAUCUGUAUAUGUGAAUGUGACUGAUGAUAUAAAGCAGUCUAGGAUUUCCUUUGGCAGGUUUGCAUGCGGCCAACGUUGUAAGCUAAGCUGUAAUAUCUCUCUACAAAUGGAAAAUAAACAAUGUAUAUGACGUGCUUAUGUUAGGAAGAGGGAUUUCGGCUUACCAAUUUUGUUA